ACCUGAAAACUGUACAAGACUACACUUGCAGACGCACCGUCAUUUGAUAGUGUAUUGUGAGGCCAGUACCGUAUAGGUUGUAGCAAUUCACACGGAUACAAAGGUUGAAUAGACCGCCGAGCUACUACAUCUGUGACUGUUCUUCUGCGACUCAUCUUGAGCGAUUUUCAUGAGGCUUGGCUGAGUGGUAGUAAUUAAAUUCCUGUAUCCUUCGGAAAGUGGAUGGUACGAUGUACCAUCCGUAGAUAUUAUUAGUACUUGUUGGUAACUAUUGAUUACAUUAAAACGACACGAGUCUGUCUUAUAUAUCCCGUUGCCGUCGAGCUACAUCAUUAGCUUAUAAGGGACAGCACGUCCUCAGUCCCAGCUCAAUAGAUAAAUUAGUUUUCUCUGGUUGGUAAAAGUGCAAACAGACGACACGGUUAUCUACGACGGCUGUGCUUGAUACACUGAAUUAGCUCAUUUAAUAUGGCGGGAAACGCCAAUCUACACAACAACAUUAAUAAUAUGUCGUUCAACGCCGGUCAAGAACUGAGUGGCAAUAUGUCUGGCGAGAUUAUUUCGCGAGGUAGACGAAACACAGGGCCAGCAGCACCCACACACAGAUACUCUACUCCUAUGCUGAACUUUAAUCCGCAAGGUGGUAUUGGCAUGGGACAGGCUCACAACCAUCCAGGUGCACCUAAUAAUGCAAAUGGGGCCGGAUUCGGGGGGCAAAUAGACAAAUUCGAUAUACUCGGCAAUCAGAUGCAGCAAAGGGUCGGCGUCCAGGGACAACAAGGCAUGCGCAGAUCAGCGAGUGUGGAGGAUCACAACCUCUUAAUGAUGAGCCAGCAGAAUGCUGCCGUUGCAGGUAUGACACACAGUCAACAACAACAGAUGCUGCAUGCCCAAGCCCAAGCCCAAGCUCAGGCACAGGCACAGGCGCAAGCUAUGGGCAGUAACAAAAACCAAAUACUGGGGCAAGGUGUACGGGCAACCCCCUAUGGUAUUCGGCGUACUGGGAGUCUGUCCAGCAUAAACGGUGCCAAAAACGACGAGUUAAUACGCAUGCUGGCCAGUGCGAAUUCCAACGACGCUGGAAGCAACUCCAACUCGGGCACUAAUCUCAGCGGCGUCUCACAGUUUGAGCAGUUGCUGUACCAAACGCAACACAGCUCACAACAGCUACAGCAACAACAACCGGAUUUGGUUACCAUGGCGAUGAAUAGCCGCACCUCGCGAUCAGCAGCCGGGACACCCCUUACUAGGCGAGUGAGCCUGGGUAGUCAAGACCGGUCAAACAGCGGUAUGAACGGGACGAUGGCCGCGGGAAAAAGUGGGAGCCUCACACAGCCCCAACUACAGCGCCAACAGCUCGCAAACUCUAUAGAGUCUGUGGGUGGUAAUAGUGGCGGUGGGAGCGGCAGUGGUAUUGGUCCUGGCCCCGGACAGUUACGAGAACGCGGGUUGCCAUCGAGCUUCUUCCGGGCGGGCAAGCGAAAUAGUGGUCAGGGUUCUGGUGCGAAUAGUGCAGGCGGGAGCAGUGUAUCUAUAGGCUCCCCUAAAAACAGCGCCUUCCGAGUUAACAGCGUACCGCAACAAAGCAACAACAGCAGCAGCAACCUGCAGAACAACGGACAGACUAUGAAUGCCAGCAGUGGUCCGUACCCUAUGGGCAAUAAUGUGGUCCGUACCUCCAGUCAAGGCAGCAGUGUCCCGGACGGGUCACCCGGUGGUAGUAACUUGACAUCAUUAUCUGGACCUCAACCUGGUUUAUGGACUCUCCCCGAGACUGAUAUGGAAGUCGAAAACCUCAAUGACUUGAAG